UUAUUCAUAAGAAUGUUUCAGCUCAAAUAUAGAGCAUGCUUUCGUUAUUUUAUUUACUUAUGAAAUAACCGGCUGAUUGUUUGGUGUAUUUGCGAACAGAUAUUUGUACAUGUCACAUAUCGGACUGAGGUCGACCAAAAAAAAAAAGCAAUCAAGUGCGUGGUAUACUGGUUUUUAUUUCGUAUGACCACAAUUAGUUCAAAUUGAGAAUUUUUGUUGAGCAUUUUGUCGGCAAAAAUGAGUAAGACAUCUCUGAAAUUGGUUUUCAUCUACUUCCUAUCUACUAUCUUUCAAAAUAACGAUGGAACCGAUGCACUAUUAUUUCCGCAAUACACAGUGAUGCAGAUUGUAGCUGCAGUUUCGUGGCCAAUUGUUGAUCCUGAUCGCAAAGCAUUCGUGAACAUCGGCUUCCAAUUCAAUUACAACAUGCCAUUUGCACCAUCGUCAUUUUACGACCCAAUGUACUGGCGAAAUCUCGGCCGAAGUACCAAGACAGAAUUAUCCGUUGACACAAAACCUCAGAAUGCGUCUGAAACCCACGGGACCGACGAAGUGAAGAAUGUUACGAAACGUUACGUAGCUGAAGUUGAUACGUACGAUAGGACGAAAUAUCACAGUGAAUUGAAUAAUCAGCUGGAUAUUAGUGCUGGUGAAUUGUAUAAGAGUGUGGAAACAACGUUGGUUGAAGCGGGAUAUGAUAAAAGUUGCCUGUUGAAGAGUAUUUGUGAUGUGGCUCGACAUCCUUUUCACAUUGAUGACGGGCACGAAGAUCUUUUGGCAGAAAUUUUGCAGUUUGUUUUAACGCCAUCGAUGCAUCAAGGAUUCGGAAGAAAUGAACACUAUUUGAAAGAGAGAUACGAUGCAGCUGAAGACAUUGGACGCAUUGGUGGUGACUGUGGGGUUGUUUAUUCGGAUUGUACGACUUCGUUUAUUGAUAAUUUAAGUUAUCUGAGAGAAAAUUUUCAAUAGAUCCGACGAGGACGAUUGAUGGACUUUGUACAAAAGUGUAAGGAAUGACUUGCUUGGAAUAAAUUUGUUUGGG